UUACGUUGUUGACCUGGAACUAGUUAGACAGAGCCGUGAACGUCUCUUCCCCCGCUUCUUUCACCUUCAAUCCUGAAUAUUUGGUUCUUUUCAGUUAGCAUGAAGGCGCACACAUUAGCGUAAGCGCCGUGGGUCACCCCGCUUUCAUGUGAUACGUCAUCCCACCUUCAACUCUACCAUGACCGCAAAAUCGUGUGUGUUCCUGCUCCAGCGCUCCAGGAUGGGGUUCAGACUUUGUGCGUCCAAAGCGCCCCGCUGCAGUGCCGGGCCGAGAUUAACAACAGUGACUCCCACCUGUCCUCCAAACAUCUCACCCCGGUCGCCUGAACCCUGCAGUCGCUCUUACUCCAGCAGCAUCAAGGUGCGCCCCUAUCUUCAGUACAUGAAACGCAAGAUCAUACCCCCCCCCUGUCCUCCAUACAGUCAUGUGUGCCAGGUAGGCGACCCCGUGCUGCGUUCACAUGCGGCCGCUGUUGACCCUGCGUCGAUAACAGAUCCUGAGAUCCAACAGGUCAUCAACACUUUGGUGAAAGUGAUGCGGAAACUUGAGUGCGUGGGACUGAGUGCGCCUCAGAUUGGGGUGCCACUCCGCAUCCUGGCCCUGGAAUAUCCCGAGAAGCUGCUGAAAGAGAGUUUGCCUGCAUCGAGGGAGGCCCGUGGUCUUUCCGUCCAGCCCCUGAGGAUCUUUGUCAAUCCCCAGCUGAGGGUCCUCGAUGGACGGCCCGUGCUCUUUCAGGAAGCCUGUGAGAGCAUCUCAGGCUUCUCAGCCACAGUUUCACGCUACCUGUCUGUGGAAGUGUCUGGCCUGAAUGAGAAGGGUGAAGCGGUCACGUGGCAGGCCAGUGGCUGGCCAGCUCGUAUCCUCCAGCACGAGAUGGACCACCUGGAGGGGGUCCUCUACAUUGACCGUAUGGACAGCAAGACCUUCAUCAACAUCAACUGGCAGGCGCACAAUGAAUAGAAGAUCCUUUGGGCAGAGCAUACACAUUUACAUAAGAAUCUCUAAAUCUGAUGACAUGCAAUGAUUUGAUUUAAGUUGUAACUCCGAUCAGCCUACAUUGUCUUGAUGAAAGCUUCUACAUUUGCUGUUUUGAGCACAUGGUGUCUGCUUAAUCUUUCAUGUGAAAAUUCUUGUGACUUGCAGAAAGUGAUACAUUUUGGUUUAUGGUUCUGGUUGGAAUAAGAACUAGAAGUCAGGAUCAUUGUGAACUGCUUCAACUGAAAAUCCAUCACUGGAAGUGAAGUUUCUGGGAUUGGCAGAAGCUGCAGGGCCCAAACCCCAAAGCAAUGAUGUUGCAGUAUGUCACAUUAAAGUGCAAGCCAAUAGAGCCAUGUUCUGUAGCCUUCAGGUCUAUGUUUAAUCAAUAAAGAGGCUGAUAUGUUCAUUAUAAAAAGAGUAGAAUCAUAAA